AUCGUAAACGAUCACAUCAUCAUUGCGCAGCCGCUAACGAAGAUUCUGCGUCAAAACGAACUGUUUGCCAACAAAGCGUCUCCCUAAAAAUAAAGUCACUUCUCAGCUGAUAGCAAACUGUCGCUGUCAGUUUGUUGCCACCCGUUUGCCAAAGAUGAAGAUCCUCUUCGUUUGCAUCGGCAACUCGUGCCGUUCGCCAAUGGCCGAAAGUGUGAUGAAAAGUGUCGCCGCACAGCAUAACCUCACCGACUGGUACGUUGACAGUGCGGCAUUGCGCGAGUGGAACGUUGGCCGUCGACCGGAAGAACGGGCGCUCGCCGUCCUAGCGGAACACGAGCUCACCUCGGAUCACGUCGGACGGCUGAUCUGCACGAAUGAUUUCCGUCAGUUCGAUUAUGUGUUCGGUAUGGAUGAGUCGAAUGUGGCCGAUCUGCUACAUCUGGCGCCCAUUGACGCUAGAGCCAAAAUAGAACUGCUCGGUAACUACCGUGGCCGGGAGCUGGACAGGAUUAUCAUCGAUCCGUACUUUGAACACGGAAUACAUGGGUUUCGACGCUGUUUCGAUCAAAUUGUGAUAUGCUGCGAAAAUUUCGUCAAAACUCACGGACGACCGGUGUCAUGAACGGUACCAAAAAUUUGUCUGAAAUAGAUGUGUUCUAUACGGUUUUUUAAUAUAUUCCUAGAACAAACUACAAGCUCAGCAUGGCAGUUAAUUUGAUCUCUUAUGUUUGAUUUUUAUCCUUCAUUUCUAGUAAAAUAUAAUAGAAUCAGAUAAAUACGUUCAUAUAAAACUAUCCUUCAAUUUAAAUCAACAUUGCAUACAUUCAGGCGUCUCAGUCCCUAGUUUUGAACAUUUUAUAAACUAACACAACCGCGCGAGGAAGACUAUUUUGUUCCAAAUCACUGGAAACACCUACAUAAAAUUGAACUCAACAUAUCACUGCACUGCUACACACUAAACUGUCCCAUUUCUGGUACCGGUAGCUCCAUGUAGGCAGUAUUUCUUUGUUAUUUCAUUAGUCAAUUAGGUAAUAGCGCUUUUGCAAUAACUGUACACUGCUUAGCAAGCAAUUUGCAUUCACAAAACCAUCGAUCGGCCGUGGUCGUGGCCAAUCCGUUUGCCAAUCGGGCACUAAGCGAUAUGCAGGUAUUUAGUGUACAAUCUAGCCAAUAUUAAAUUAUUUACCCAAUCCGGAUGUACCAUUUAGCCCGUUCAGCUCGUACACACAUAAAUUGCUUCCAUUUAAAAUCAAUUUGUACGGCUCUUACACUCCACCUGCAUUGCCUGCUCUCCCAUCUAGCUUUAGUGCUGCAACAUUCAAAUCGAACUAAAUUUGACCAUAACACAUCCCACCGAUACCUAACACCGCAAACCAUAAAAUAGUCCUCAAAUCGCACCAGCCUCUAGCAAAUAGAAGUUGUUUGUUGCCAAAAUCAAGUUUCCUCACGUUUGGAAUUUCAGAUUUCAGAAGGUUUUCCAUUUUGUGGGUACUAUGAAACCAUUUCCUUUCCGGUACGCUGUUCGGUUGUGCAGAAGCGCCAAGUGAUAACUCUACCGGUUCGAAUAAAAAGAAGCUCUAAGAUGGGAGCAGCAUUCUUCUCCUAACUUCCACCGUAUUUCCGAUGUUGAUCAUACGGCUUUCGGGGCAUACUUGCUAUGCAGCGUCACGGCAAAGCAUCGGAUUCCGGUCGUAACUUCCUGUUAUUGCCUCGGGAAGUGCCACUGCGGUGUUAUGUGUGAGAAUCACAAAUCCUAAUGAAAUCUUUUGUUUUGCACCGGAAAGCCCUCCGGAUCUCCUUACGGUGCUGGACGGAAGGAUGUUACCAUUAGUGUCCUUAAAGCAUCGAACGUGCCCUUAUUCCGGAGCCUGUCACACAGUGGUGUCCGUACUUAGAAAGUUUCCUUCGAACGAACGGAUCCAUCGAACUGUGCCAGUGUACGACGUGCUCCAAUUCUUGUUCAGUUCUGGGAAUCUUCUGUGCACUGGAAGGUGAGAAGAGCCGGGUAAUAUUCGAUUAUGAGCCAUUCAAGAUUUGUUGGGAAAGUUUGCCAUCAAAGCAACGUUUCACGUCACAACGAGCUUCCGGAGCAACCGCACCAAAGCGGUUAAAAUGCUUCUGUCUCACGUUGUAGCAAAAGCAAUAAUGGAACGUCGGACAUAACACUUCCCGGACGAUGCAAAACCGCUCUUAUGGUCAGUGUACCAUUAUUUUAUUGUCGAAACAAUUCAAAGCAACAAUAUGCAAAGGAAACGGAGGUGAUCAUACCUUCUCACUGUUUCUAGAAGAAUGUUUGAAGAUCCAAUCCUCCCCAAAAAGUUUGCCUUUACCCUGCUACUAGACUUUCCGCCUGAAUCUCCCAGCCGAAUGCAAAACUCCGUCUUUAUUUGAUUAUUUCCCAUCCGGUCCACUUCACAAUUGCAAAUGUAGUCCGUCGAUGUCCGCGUCUUAUGUCCCUUUUCCCCAUGCUCUCAUUUCGCUUUACCAGGCAACUUGAAGGACUGAAUUUGCUUCACAAAUUUUCGUCCCAAAGUUCUUCACUCCUCAAUAUUCGUACCAGAAGAAGUCCAGCAAAAUGUGUAGCAACAAAAUCCGAAAAGAAAGAAAAACACCCAUCUAUUCGGUCAGGUUCUUGAACCUUCCGGAAUGGACAAGCUCAGGGAGCUAACCCAG